AUGGAUCAGUUGAAUUGGCCAACAGAUAUGAUUGUUGAUCAACAAAAUCAUUCGAUCAUUAUUGCUGAUUUGGGUAACAGACGAGUGCUUCGAUGGCUGAAUCAAAAUCGAAAUCAAAAAAUUAUCAUUGAGAAUAUUGACUGUUGUUGCUUAGCAAUGGAUAAACAUGGAUUUCUUUAUGUUUCUGAUCGGAGCAUGAAUACAGUGAGACGAUGGAAAAUGGGUGAAUACAACAACGAAGGAAUUGUAGUAGCAGGUGGAAAUGCAAUCGGAGAUCAACUCAAUCAACUCAAUUAUCCCCGUUUUAUCUUUGUUGAUAAAGAACAAUCUGUUUAUGUAUCAGAUCAAAACAAUCAUCGUGUAAUGAAAUGGAAAAAAGAUGCAAAAGAAGGAAGAAUUGUGGCUGGAGGAAAUGGUCGAGGAGGAAAUCUUAAUCAACUGUCUUGUCCUCAAGGAGUAAUUGUUGAUGAUGUAGGUCAGAUCUAUGUGGUAGAUUUUUGGAAUGCUCGGGUAAUGCGUUGGUGUGAAGGAAAAGAAGAAGGUGAAAUAGUUGUUGGUGGAAAUGGUAGAGGAAAUCAAUCAAAUCAAUUGAAUGGUCCCCGUGGUUUAUCUUUUGAUGAUGAAGGAAGUAUUUAUGUUGCUGAUUGGUCAAAUCAUCGAAUUGAAAAAUUUGAAAUAAGUUUGUAA